UAUAUCUUCUGAAGGCUUUGCGCGGUCGGGACUCAGCCUGCGUCUCUAACAAGCCGACGACUCCGCUCACGUCUAAAUAACGUCAGGAACCAGCUGCCAAGAUGGCCGACGAGAAAAGACUGUCUGCGAGGCGCAAGCACACUCUGAAAGGCUGUAUGCUAAUGGUGGGAACUAAUUUAUUGGAAGCCGAAGCAACAAUGAAGAGUGAGGAAAGGGAGAAGUUCCUGGCGGAGAAAUGUCCUCCUCUGGAGCUGCCGUACUCCAAGGACGAGCUCAUGGAACUGGUCCAGAAGCUCCAUCAGCAGAUUAACAUGAGUGAGGAGGAGAGAUACUGCAUAGAGUUCAAACUCAACAUGGUGCUGAAUGAGGUCAGAGAUCUCAACAUUAAGAUUGUGGAUAUGAGGGGAAAGUUCAAGAGACCCCGUCUGAAGAAGGUGCGUAUGUCGGCCGACGCCAUGCUGAAGGCUCUGCUGGGCUCCAAGCACACGGUCAACAUGGACCUCAGGGCCAACCUGAAGCAGGUCAAGAAGGAGGUCAAAGAGGAGGACAAGCAGCUGCGCGACGUGGGAGACUGGCGUAAGAACAUUGAAGACAAGUCUGAUAGGAAGAAGAUGUUUGAUAGUUAAUCUGUCAUCGAUCGUUAGGCUCGAACGAGUGCUAUUCACGAAACAGAAUUUGGAUCUAAUGUCUUUGUAACUGAAGAGUUUUAUUCCAACGUGCUGCAUAUCCAACGUCAACGUAACCCUCUUAUUGAACGAGAUAAGACACAUGACUGCUGUAGACACUAUACUGAUAAACAGUGGGAAUACCUUGGAUACUACUAUCAACUAAAGGUACACACCUUAAGAAAGACAAGUGUGUUUUUAACCCUAGUGUUGUCUUCCCGUUGACCGUGAACUUGUUGUUCAUCCAGGUCAAAAGUAAAUUAGAAUUUUUGGUGCUUUUUCCAGCGUUUUUGGCUGUUUUUUUUAAUGCUUUUGAUACUUUUUAAAACGUGUUUGUCACUU